GGUCAAGUCGUGCAUCAGUCGGAAACAAAAAUAAUUAAUGGUUGCCUUUAUUGUAAAUGUGAUGUUGUGUGCUGAAAAAUUGUUCUAAAAUGAAGAGGAAACCAGCAAAUAGAUCACAAAAAGCAUCAAGAAGUGCAGAUAAAAGAAAAGGAACGCACUCCAAUGAUGAAAACGAUCAACAACAUGACCAGUUUAUUGCAAAACCAAAUUUUAGGAAAGGAGGUGCGUAUUCCACCAUGCCGGAGCAACCCGGAAGUACGCCGACUGAUUGGAGGGUCGGCGUCGUCAUGGCAAUCUGUUUGCCAAUUUCCAUCCUCAUUUUCUGGAAGAUCACCUUGCCAUUGAUGUGGUGGAUAUUCACGUUGAUUGUUGGCUCAGAUUUCGCCAAGAAGUUGAGCUUCUUUAAAGAAGAUCUCGUCAACAUAGUGACAUCAGAGUGUCCCAUUUGGAUAUCAGCCCAAGAACGAGCAUUUCUGAAUGACCGGUCACAUGACAACAUCCUGAGAGUCAGUGAUAUAUCCAGGGAGGACUUUGAAAAGAUUGUCAGACGAGGGGAACCAGUGAUUGUCACCGAUGCUCUGAGAGACUGGGAAGCGUUUGGAUUGUAUGACUGUGGAUACUUCAUGAGGAAAUUUCCAGAAGCUGAGUACUUUGAUUGGCAGGGUCAAGAGAGGAUCAGUCUCGGCAACAUCACCAAGAGACAAGGCUUCACAGGAUUGCAGUGUGCUAGCGGCUACAUGGAGACCAAGUGGAAGUCCAACCAAAAAUAUAUCAAGGAGUGGUUAAGGAAAAUGCCCCCACCGUAUUUCCUGAUGGAAGAUAUGUACACCAGCCAUCCCUUUGGCAAAGAUGAGGAACCCUCUGUCACUGGUUUCCUUGGUGUACCGGGGACCGGUGUAUCGCCACAUCUUGAUGAGAUUUGUGACACCAUAAUGACAGUCCAGCUUUCAGGAGUCAAAAACUGGAGUGUCUCUUGGCCAGUAAAAGAUGGUAGCGGAGUCAGGUGGAGUAAGCCCAUAGUGUUCACUUUGUAUCCAGGAGAAGCAAUGUUCUGGUAUGUUGCCAUGCGUCACCACACCGAAGUCAUUGAGGACUGCUCACUGAGUUUCAGCUUUCUGCUCAAGUCACCCGCCCCCACUGACUACUUGCAGAGACUGGUGCAAGACCUGUCCUCAGUACCAAGAGCUGAACGCGAUGCAUUGUUCCAGGAAACAGAAGCAGCCAAAGUGGAUUAUAUUGAUUCCUGUGGAAUCAUCACAGACACAGGGAGGACAUUUAUAACAUGAGGACUGGAGAUAUAAGAUGGCACUUUUGUCCGGAGUUUGCAAACAUUUCAUUUUUAGAUUGUUAAAUAGCCUUAUUCAGAGCUCUGAGUCACUGGAAAUCUACACAAUGUCUUAAAUGUAUGCUGAACAUUGGCAGUUAUUUUUUGCCUUGCCUUGCAGUGAAUAAUGCCAACAUCGGACUGGCACAACAUAAUGUAUACCAAGCAAGUAACAAUUCACUGAGGGCUGACAACAUUUUAAUCUGAGGUCUGACUGCACAUUGUAUUUGAAGCAAAAUUUACACUUAAAGACACGUUUGUGACUGGAAUCAAGACCAGCACUCCAACAACUUUGUUAGGUUGAUUUAAGAGGACCAAGAUUUUAUACCCGGAAAUUCCUUCGUGCCAUAAUUACAUGAAAACUGCCCAUUUUAUAAAGGUACAGUCCUGUGUAAUUAUAGGCCUACAUUCUACUGUCUCUCCAACUGUUUUUUUUAUGUCGGAAAUGCAUUUUACAGACAAAAAUGGCACAUUUCAGUGUUCAGACGAAAGUGCUUCUGUAAGGAUCUAUUUAUGGUGGUGUUUCUUUAAACCCCUAACCCUGCUGAAUCCAACAGGAUCCAACUAUAUCAUAAACCCGUCGGAGCCUGUUGGAUUGAGCAGUAAACCCCUUGUUCUAAUGUACAUGCACAUAUUCAGAGUCGGUUUCUGUUGGGUACUGACAAAUAAUGCAAAGUUGGACUCUGUUGGAUCCAGCAGACAACUUAAAAAAAUUAGGCACAGUUGGAUUCUGUUGGAUUGAGCAGGAAGUAACCAGUGGACUUUGUUGGAUUUAGCAGGGUAGUCCUGAGGAACCCAAAGGAAAUUGGUUUUUUUUUUCACUUUAUUUUUUUUUUAAUCUUUCAAAGUUUCUGAACUGAUUUUAUUAAUGGCAGGUGGAUAGAUAAUGAGAUUAUCAAUCAUUUCGUCAAAGUUUCUUGCAUUUUGAUAUAUAUUUUUACAUUUUAUAACUUUAAAUAAGAAGAAAGAGAAAAUGUUAUUGAAUAUGAUAAACGGGGAGACGAGAGAUGGGGAGGAAUAUCCCCACACAGUUUUUGUAAUGAACACAUUAAAAAAAAGGAGCAUGAAAGUGCUCGGUUAAAACGUAUUAAAGGAAAACCUUACACCCAGGCUACUCAUGCUACACUUGAAUUGGAAUUUCAUUCAAAGUUA